AUGGACCCCCCGUCGUCCCAUGUCGUCGACUGGGAGGUGGAGACCGAAAUUGACCUCCCCUUCCGGGCGCCGCGCGGCUCAAUGGGGUUUAGCCACCUCAAACGUGCCUUCUUCAGAGACCUCAUGGAUUCAGUGGAGAGUAACGGCUCUCGCUCGCCGGAUGUUGUGGCCUCGCCAAGCCCGAGCGUGGGGAGGUCGUCACAAAAAAGCUGCAGCCCCUCAGACGCCGGUGCGGAUGGUGAGAAUGAGGCUGACGGUAGUAUUAAAAAUAACAAUAACAGUGCUGUUCCAAGUGUCUCCGACUCCGAGAUUGAAGUUUUGGAUGCGGAACUGCGGCCGGCGUUGUCGCCCUCGCGCCGACGUAUUAUGAGGCAGUACUGCAUGGUUGCUGUGAGUGCGCUAGGCGGCGCGAUUCUUGCGGGGUUUGUGAGACGAGGCAUUAGCUCCAUCCUUCGCGCUCUCGUGAGCGGCCUGUUUCUGACGCAGCUGCUUUCCUCGCUGGGUUACGCGGAAGUUCAGUGGAAGCGCCUAAUGAAGGAUUUGUGGGGUGCCUGCGAAUACAGGCCAGAGGGUGGUCCCUUCUGCGCGGCAAUUUCUGUGAUUGCCGGUUCUGUUCACCGCAAAAUCGCAUUUGUCUGCGGUGUUGUUGCUGGUUUGUUUCUCACUUAG